UUGGAAGAUGGCAAAUUGGUCGUACCCAGAUGCUUCUCUGGAAGAUUUGCUGAAAAUGGUGAAAGGGUUCAUAGAUAUGGUCAUUCUUGCUUCUGGGUAUCAAUCAUCUGGUCGUCUUGCUCACUGGGAUUCACAUAACAUCAAAAAUGCGCUUCAAUGGGCUCUCUUUCUCCAGGAUGUGAUGAGGGACUUAAGUAGCUCAGAUGACUAUAAAGACUCUUUGGAGGAGCUUGAUGCAGCUUUAUGUGAAAUAAACUCUAAUCCAUAUUUCCCUCAGGGUCUAGCCCAUAUUUCCUCGAAGGUCCUUAGCAAAGCGAGUGAAUUUAUGCUAGAACAUCUCAUCAGUGUCUUUCCACUGAGAGAUGAACACUUGAAAGCUUUACUGAAUGCAAGUGUUGAGAUGGAUUAUCACAUGCACCAGAAGACAGAUAGUAGAUCUCUCAAUGACAUUUUUGAAACUUUGAUGUGUAAUACAUCUAAAAACGCUAUUCCUAAUGAGAACAAAUUUCCAAGGGAGGAAUCUCUAAACUCAUUGCCAAACUCUUCUCCAAGUGAACAAGCUGAUGAUUCAAUCAGAUGUGAGUUUUCUCUCUUCACUGCACAAGCGCUUGAAAGGAGGCAACUAUCAGUUUCAUUGAUAUCUGCAGCAGAGACAGGGCUGAACAUUUUGUCUAGUGGCUUAAGAGAUCUGUAUGUGAGGGAGGAUGACAAUGCUUUAGAUGUAAAAAUGAUGCAGACAACAAAUUUCAUGACUGAAGAAAAACCAAUUGGUUUGGCUGUCUGGAAUUAUUGGAAAUCAAAAUGCCUCUCAUAUUUGCUUGACAAGAGAACUAUUAGACUGGUCUCAGGUGCCAGCCUGGUGUUUUCUGCCCCGAAGAGCCAAUGGAUUCAAGUGUUUCAGCGGAUAGAUAUAUCAUCUCAACUCGAAGAUAGUUUGUGUGAAAUAGUUGAGCUCGCGUUACUAGCAUGUGUAGUGGAUAGAUGGAGUUUUCUGAUUGACCGUUUGAUGUUGACCUCUUAUGAGUUUGUCACCACUUUGAGGCUAUACAAUGAGGUGCAUAGCUCGGUACAGAGAGAUUGUAGGGAGGAAACCAGCAACUCAAAGGAAAAAGGAAUUAUUGAGUACCUUGAAGUUUUCUUACACAAUCGGCUAUAUCUCUUGUGGGAACUAUCUCCAGUCCUAGCAGCAUUUGCAAUUCCUUCCUGGUCAAAUUUGUUCAGAAAAUAUCUGACAGAGCUUGACAGUCAAGUUACAGGAGACUUUUCAUUAACUAGAUCCGAUAGUAGUACUAAGGAAAGGAAGAAGUAUAGAGAAUGUGAUGUUGCUGAGAGAAUUUGGUGCCUUCAUGUUUGUCAUGUUGGUGGUUCUGAUGUCGAAUCUGGUUCAUUUAGCACUUGACAAUAUUUUCUCUUGAAGGCGUAACUGG